UCACAGCCGUUCAAUGGUAGACAGAGUGGGUUUGGCUGAGAGUGAAAUAGCUAAAAGGAUGAUAGAAGAGAAAGAGAAAGAGAAAGAGAAGGAAAACACAAAGGAGAGGAGUAGAGAGAAGAUAAGCGGAAGCUAAAGAUCUUUCAAACACUGCUUUCGUUGCUGUGUUGUUAAAAGAAAGAUCUUUUUAAUUGUAUUGAAGUAGAUUCAGUUUUUAAGAGGUUACUCUGCAAAAUUCCGGUGACCUCAACAGCAACAACAACUUUUUCCGGCAAAUAAUGCUUGGCUUCCGGUGAUGAGAUAUAAGAAUCAUAAUCCCCUUCCUGAUUUGUUUAUACAAAAUAAUAAUAGUAAUAUAGAUGGAGAGAAACAGAGAAGCUAGAAGAGUCAGUAUGGCCGCUGCAAAUGGCUUAGCGCCAAGAAGAAGACACAGAAGUGGCAGCCUAAGAGACUCUCCAGAGGAUGAUGGACCAGUAGAGUUACAAGAAACGGCAAGGUUAAGAGAUCGAGGGACAGGCAAAAAAGAUCGAGAUCGGGAUCGAGAACGAGACCGUGACCGUGACCGAGAGCGUGAAAGAGACAGAGAUCGGAUGAUGAGCAGUAGAGGGAAGAGAAGGAGAGGAGACAGAUUGAUACACGGAAGUAAUAGAGAAGAUGGAGGAAAUGAUGAUAGUUCGGAAGAGAGUGUAAAUGAUGAUGAAGAAGACGAUGACGACGACGAUGGAGGCGUAGGUGUAGGCGUAAGUAGUGCUAUGAGAACACUACCGCCGAAUCCUUCCUCUCUAUCUUCUUCUUCUUCUUUAUCUCUAUCUAAUCAUCAUCACCAUCGUAAAAGCUUCCCUCCGCCGGCUAAAGUUUUUAGACCGUCGCAGCAGCCGGUAACAACUACGACAGCAACAACAACACCAUGGAAAGCACCUGAUGAAAUGAUUGGUGUGUCGGUUCCUAGAAAAGCUCGGUCAGCAUCUACAAAGAGGUCACACGAAUGGGCAUCGAGUUGUGGAGUUGGCGGUGGUGGUGAGCAAAUUCACCGACAAGCAUCAACGUCACCGGUGAGAUCAAGUGGACCAGCGAUGUUAGCUUCAGCAUCUGCUUCUCCUGCUCCGGUUUCACCCCCUUCUUCUUGUAAUGCUUCAGUGAAGAAGAAGAUGAAGCCUAACGGACCGAAGCAGAGACCGCCUAAAUCAUCUCCUAAGUUUACUACUACUUCUACUUCUAACCAAGAGGAGAUUGAGAUCGAGAUUGCUGAGGUUUUAUAUGGAUUGAUGAGACAGCCUCAAGGACCUUCGAAGCAAGAAGCUAAUAAUGAUUUAAUGAAGUUUGAUUCGAGAGAUUUGAGCAACAGUAAUAGUAAUAAUAAUAAAGCCACUGGUGAUGCUAAAUCCAGAGUUUCAUCACCGAUCUCUAACGCACCCGCUACUAUACCUCAGACUUCUUCAAUUCCUCCUCCUACUAAUUCUAGCUCAUCCGCCACACCCAUGUCUGCAAUCGCUCCAAAGAGGAAAAGACCGAGACCUGUCAAGUAUGAGGAAGAGAAUCCAUCGGUUUAUCCAGUAAGAAACAAUCCCAUCUCAUCUACAAUCAAAGGCGAUACCGAUCAGCCUGCAAAAGUCGAAACUUGUUCUCCCAAUUUGGAGAAGACUUCAGGAUCCGCAGUUGAAAAUGGCGUGGUUCAACACGAUGUCAUGGCCAAUCCAGCUUCUGUUUCGGUGUCGACUGAGCAACAGCCGGGGCUGGUAAAGUCUGAGAAUAAUAUGUUAUCAGAUUCAAAGACUUUGAUGCAAGAAUCAGAGAGUAUAAGAGAUUUGGUUUUGAGCAAAGAAGAGCCUCGGUCUCCAAAGAAGGAAUCUCCACCUGCUAUUGCCAAUCUUAGAUUGGAUGAUGAUCGUGAGAAAGGGACAAUUGCUAAAGCAAAUUCAACUGUUUCUGAGAUUGAAACCCAGCGAGAAGACAACUUCCAGAUAGAUCUGAUGGCUCCACCUCCAUCAAGAUCAUCUCCAGAAAGGGACAGUGAGAUUGAUUUUGUGACUCCAGAUCCUAAACCGGUAGUCACAGAUGUGGAAAUGGAAAGGAAGCCGACGGUCAAAGAUGAUGAUAAGGCUGUGAAAAUUGCAAAAGAUGUGAAUGUAGCAGAGCCGGAAGAGAAAAAGGCAAAAGGCACAUCUGAAGAAAUUGAAUCCCAGAAGCCAGUUGCUAACCAUAAUAAAGAAAGGAACAUUGAUCUGCAACUUGAUCUAGAGAAAUCUGAUAGAGAUAGUGGCGCUGUUACUGGAAGUGGUAACAAGGUGCAUCAGCAUGUCAACAAGCAACUCCAGCAGCAACCAAGUGCUGAAAAACCUGCUCAAUCAAAUUCUCUGCCUAUGCCCAUGUCUAUGGCUAGCUGGCCUGGUGGGCUUCCUCACAUGGGCAGAUAUAUGGCACCUCUUCAAGGAGUUGUAUCAAUGGAUGCAAGCACUGUACCUUCUGCAGCUAUACAGCCUCCACAUCUACUUUUUAGCCAACCAAGGCCAAAGAGGUGUGCAACCCAUUGCUACAUUGCACGGAACAUUCAUUAUCACCAGCAAUUUACAAGGAUGAAUCCCUUCUGGCCAGCUGCAGCUGGUUCUGCUUUACAAUUCGGGGCGAAGCCCUGCAAUGUGAAUGUGGUGCCUUCCACAGAUCUGCAUGCUGGUAGGGCUGUGAACUCUGCGCAAGACAAGGGUCCGGGUUUAGCCAUAUUUUCUGGCCACAGCGUGAAGGAAAAGAGCUCUCAAGCUGCCAACAUUGUAGAUGCUGCACAAAGAAAGCAGAUUUUGCUUCAGCAGCCUCUACCUCCUGGAGCACCUAGUAAUAUUUUGCAUGGUCCUGCAUUCAUCUUCCCUUUGAAUCAACAACAGGCUGCUGCUGCUGCUGCUGCUUCUGUCCGACCUGGUAAUGUAAAGUCCCCUCCUGUUCCAGGUAGUGCAGCUUCAUCAAACACCUCUAAUUCUGCCUCACUGAGUGCUUCAACAACAGCAGUAGCUGGUGCUACAGCAAUGAGCUUCAACUACCCAAAUAUGCCAGGCAGUGAGACCCAGUACUUAGCAAUUCUGCAGAACAGUGCAUACCCAAUUCCAAUUCCUGCACAUGUAGGAGCAACACCAACUUAUAGAGGGGCCCCUCCUCAGGCAAUGCCAUUCUUCAAUGGUUCUUUUUAUUCUUCGCAAAUGAUCCAUCCUCAACAGCUUCAACAACAGCAGCCGCCAACCCCCCUCUCUCAACAAGGCCAACAGAGUCACCAGAACCCAAGUAUUUCUAGUGGUUCCUCUUCAUCCCAGAAACAUUUGCAGAAUCAGCAACAAAGGUCACAUGGCAGUGGCAUAAAUGGUGGUGGUGGAAAUCUGCAAGGCUUUCCUACUUCAAAAAACCAGCCAUCGCAGACACUGCAGCUUCAGCCGAGGCAGCAAAUGCAGAACCAGAAUGUACCUCAUCAAGCUCGCCAGAUUGAGAGUGAAUUAGGUGAAGAUAGCCCUUCUACUGCUGAUAGUCGCAUCUCUCGAGCGAACAUGAGUAUUUAUGGUCAGAAUUUUGCAAUGCCCAUACAUCCACAAAACUUUGCUUUGAUGACUCCACCAACAAUGGGUGGUGCAGCUACUGCAAGUGGCAAUCCUGGUGAAAAGAAACAGCAGCAAUCACAAUCACAGGGAUCAAAGGUUGGGGUUGAACCUUCUCAGGCUUUUGCCAUGUCAUUUGCCCCCAUUAAUGGAGCCACAGCUGCUCCUGGCCUCGAUAUUUCAUCAAUUGCCCAGAAUCAUGCUAUUCUCCAAAGUCUUCCUGAAGCUGCAAGGCAGGGGUAUCACUUCAUGGCCGCUGCAGUUGCCCAAGCAGCUCAGCAGAAGAAGAAUCACCGGGUUUCAGAAGAAGGGAAAACUGGAGGAAAUGAUGGUCUGCAUGCAGAAGAUGAUAGGAAGACCAUGUCGGGAGUCAAGGUACAUGCAACGGCUGGGCAGUCAAUUGCUUUUUCUCGGCCAGAUUUAACGGAGACUUCUGUUUUGACGAUGCCGAGUAACACUGUGAUUGACAGCUCUGUACGACCUCUGAAUCUAGUGUCCACUCCUGGUCGGGCCAGUGGUUCAGUGAUGUCAGCCUCUAUCAGCACUGUAAAUGCUUCUAGCGUGCAGCAGCAAGUGCAGCGGAAUCAGCAGCAGCAGCAUCAACAGCAGAUGAUUCAACUUCAAAAACAACAUCAGUAUGCAGCUGCAGCCGCUGCUUCUGCUCGAAGCAAAACACCGGCUACGAGUAAUGGAAGUGUGUAUCCAGAACACAUUCCUUCAUCUUCAUCAAUGGCUGCCAAGUUCCCUAAUGCACUCUCAGGAUUUCCUUCAAAUCUUGUGCAAAGCAGCAGUAGUCCGGCUCAGUCUCCACAGUGGAAGAAUUCUGUUAGGACCAAUACUUCCCAAGCUCCUUCCUCGUCUCUUUCCUCCACUUCAACAUCCCUUAAAAACCUAUCCCAACAGCAAGGACGUACACAACAAGGCCAUACACAGAUAUCUUUUGCAGCCAACCCAAAACCAUCAGCCACAACGCAAGGGCAGCCAACUCCUAGCAGUAACCAAUCAACAUCUCCUCCAGUGGUAGUUGGUUCUCCAACAACUUCAAUGUCUAAGAGUGCUGGUGGGAGCCCAAGGACGACAUCCAAUUCCACUAGUAACAAAGGUGGGCAAUCAUCCACGCUAUCAUCUCAGCAAGCCAAGAAUUCCCCUUCAAUGUCUGCACAGAAAUCAUCUCCAGUUGGCGGGAGAAAUAUUCCUUCCAUUCUUGGCCAUCCCCAUAACUCUACCUCUUCGUCUAGCUCGGUUACCAAGUCUCAGAUGCAACAGCAGCCGCAGCUACCAAAGCAUGCACUGCAGCAAGCACAGAUGAUGUACAACAGUAGUUAUAUGCAAGCCCAAGUUCAGCACUCUGCAGGUUCAACACAUGCAACACCAGCAAGCGGGUUUUAUCUCCAAAGACAUCGUAGUGAACAGCAGCAGCAACCACAAGUUGCAUCGGUGACCUCCACGGCCGGGAUGUUGUUAUGCCCUUCUGUGUCACUUCCCAAUGCCACCACUACUGAUCCUGCAAAGGCAGUUGCUGCUGCUGCAGCAGCUGCGAACAGUAUGAAAGGUGGCGGCAUACCUUCGCAGGGACUUAUUCAUGCUCAGUUUGCUGCUACCCAGUCUUCUGGCAAGACUACACAUCUUGUACCUACUGGCUUCCCAUAUGUUCAUGCUGUUCCCACUGCUGUUCAGGUGAAGCCAGCAGAGCAGAAACAACCUGCUGCAGAUUAGAGUACGUCUCAACUACAUCACAUGGCAACCCCCAAGAUUGUAAGCGAUGAAAAGAUAACAACCCAAGCUGAUCCGAGGUUUGGGUGAAUGGGGAAAUUUUAUGCCCUUUGGCAGUCCUGGGAAGAAAUGAGAGAAGCAAUGAAUGUUGAAAGAUGCACGCCAUUUGGAUUACAACCCACGUUUUUGGAAAAGAAGUUGAGCCAGUGGGAAGGAUGUGUAACGGGGUUUUGCUUGCUUGCAAUGUUCCAUUGCUCUACUGUAUAUUUGUGUUCCUUACCUGACAAGGUUGACCUUCAAGUCUCUUAAUUUAUUUGGAUGGAUGUGAUGGAUGGCAAGACGAUGCAAUGAAGUAAGGGAAAAGUCUGAUCAAAGUUGUUUUUUUUAGAGGGUUGAAGAAGGAAGAAGACGGUGGAGAAUGACGAGGGAAAAGGGAGAGGACACGGAAAAAAAAAAAGAGGAAAGAAAAAGGACUUGCCUUUUCCUUCUUUUGGGAUACCAAUGGAUUUCUUUUUCACUUGAAUUAGUUUUUUUUUUUCUUUCUUUUUUGGGGGGUCUAAUUUUAUUUUCCAAGAAAGAGCUGUAGACAGUUAUCUCUGAACAUAUAUAUAUGCAAUGGAGGGAGUGUAUGUAUAUGUAUGGCAUAUAUAACAGUGAACCCUCUCUAAUUUUUUUA